GUCAAAUAUAGGAGCACUUACCGGUGUUGGAGCCAGACUUAAAGAUUGUUGGUGGCAACGAACGAGUGCUCUAACUAUCCAAAUGCAUCUAUAAUUCUGUUACCUUGAAGUUUAGGGCUUGAACCAGAAUUAUGAUUGAAGUGGUAACAGACACGUUUAACCAUCUCUAUGAAGGUUACCUAUGGACUUUAUCUAUUGCAGAUGAACGAGUUGCUGACUGGCUUCUUAUGCAGUCACCUCUUCCAACUUUGGGAUUAGUCGUUUUAUACUUAUUCUCAAUAUGGAGUGGUAUGAAAAUAAUGAAAAAUAGAGAACCUUUCCAGUUAAGAUGGGCUAUAUUUUCAUACAACCUAGCUUUGGUUAUACUAAACUGGCACAUAUGCUCAGAGCUUUUUAGUGCCUCCUGGAAAUUGAAUUAUAGCUACUCAUGUCAAACAGUAAAUUAUUCAUAUGACCCAGAUGAAAUGAGGAUAGCUAAAGCCCUUUGGUGGUAUUAUUUCUCAAAGUGCAUUGAAUUCCUAGAUACCAUCUUCUUUGUCCUGAGGAAGAAGAACAAUCAAGUAUCAUUUUUGCAUGUAUACCAUCAUGCCACCAUGUUUCCAAUAUGGUGGAUCGGUGUAAAAUGGGUUGCAGGAGGUCAAUCAUUCAUGGGUGCAAUGAUCAAUUCAUUUAUCCAUGUAGUAAUGUACACAUAUUAUGGAGUUGCAGCCCUAGGUCCAGAGUACCAGAAGUACUUAUGGUGGAAGAAGUAUCUCACCAAACUACAGCUGAUACAGUUUGUGGUCGGCAUGGCCCAUGCAGCACAGUCACUGCUCCUACAGUGCCCAUUCCCCUUGUGGAUGCAGGUGGCAUUGAUUCUCUAUGGAGGCUCAAUUUUGGGCCUUUUCCUCAACUUCUAUUUCCAUGCCUAUAUCAAAUCCAAACGAGAUAAGCAGUAUAAAACCCUGCAUACAAAUGGAAAGGGAGACACUAAUGAAGGACAUAUAAAUCAAAAUGGUCACAGUACAAAUGGACACGUGAAGAAUGGAUAUAUCAAGAAUGGACAUAUGGCAUCAAAAAAAGAACAGUAGAAUGUCACUUUUGUGAAGUAUUCUUUAUGUUCUAGCUGACUGUAGGCUGCAGUAUUGUAUACCCAUAAAGAUUUUUUUCAUAGUGAAUGCAAGUUCUAAAGUUCAGGAACUCUUGCAUGUUAUUUUAAGCAGUGAUAUCUGUGCACAACUCAGUCAAGUACAUGAUCAACUUUAUGUGAACAAUUGCAGCCUCUACAUUAUGAAAUAUUUGUUGUUAAUUGAUAUAAAACUAGUUUUAUUUUUUUUGUAAGCAAUAAUUAUUUUUAAAUAUUAGUGGAUAGCAUGAUUUCUUUUUUAUGUGAAUGGAAAAUCCUGUUUUUAAAACUUCUUGCGGUAUGUUUCAUCUUCCUGUUCAUGACUUUGCUUUUGAGAUGAGUAGGUGAAAUAAAGGGCCCAGUGUGUCAGUGUAUGAAGUCUUCAAAUAACAUACAUGUCUUCAUGUAUGUAAGCAACUUUGUCAAUUCUGUGAACAGAUUAUCUAGUCUAUUGAACAAUUAUCUUGUAUGAUAUUUUUUAUGAUGUUAAAUGCAAGCAAACAAAAUCUUUGGCAGUUACCUUUGUCUCAGUGCAAUUCAUGAUUAAAACAGAGAUGCACUCAGAGAGGCCAGACCUCCAUCAAGGUAGCUCAGUUCUCAUUAUUUACUAAUUUUAAUUAAUCAAUUAAAAUUAAAUAAUGGAUCAAUGGAAUCAAAGCAGUUGUAAGUUUGGUACUCUCUGACUUUUCUGGAAAUUUUAAUUAAAAUCUGCCCGUAUCCUUUUGAGUUAACUUACCAACAAAGGCAAAAAUAUAACCUCCUUGACAGAGGUAACAAUGGUAGUUAAAACUUUUGUUGUUUGCAAUUGUCAAUAAAUUUUGUCAUACAAUUGUUCAUACCAAGUGCAUUAUGUCAGCAUUUUUUUGUUAUCAAUUUAUUUAGAAACUUACAAUGUUAAAUAUGGCCAAGGAUAUCAUGCCAAGAAUGCACAACCUAUUUGUAUUGCAUUGUUAAAAAGUUCUUAGAUGUACAUUCCAGUUUUGUAACAUGAGCAUUUUCUUGUAUUGAUAUAAUACAUGUAUUUUUUUGUCAUAUUUAAUAAAUAUUAAGAAAUGAAUUAGA